UCGGGAACGUUUGCGCCUGCGCGUCGCGGGCGGGGCCUCUGGGGCGGAGCGGCCACCAUCUUGGAACGGGAGGCGGAGCAGAGCCGACUGGGAGCGACCGAGCGGGCCGCCGCCGCCGCCAUGAACCCCGAAUAUGACUACCUGUUUAAGCUGCUUUUGAUUGGUGAUUCGGGCGUGGGCAAGUCAUGCCUGCUCCUACGGUUUGCUGACGACACAUACACAGAGAGCUACAUCAGCACCAUCGGGGUGGACUUCAAGAUCCGAACCAUUGAGCUGGACGGCAAAACCAUCAAGCUUCAGAUCUGGGACACAGCUGGUCAGGAACGGUUCCGGACCAUCACUUCCAGCUACUACCGGGGGGCUCACGGCAUCAUCGUGGUAUACGACGUCACAGACCAGGAAUCCUACGCCAACGUGAAGCAGUGGCUCCAGGAGAUUGACCGCUACGCCAGCGAGAAUGUCAAUAAGCUGCUGGUGGGCAACAAGAGUGACCUCACCACCAAGAAGGUGGUGGACAACACCACUGCCAAGGAGUUUGCAGACUCUCUGGGCAUCCCCUUCCUGGAGACGAGUGCCAAGAACGCUACCAACGUCGAGCAGGCAUUCAUGACCAUGGCUGCUGAGAUCAAAAAGCGGAUGGGGCCCGGGGCAGCCUCGGGGGGUGAGCGGCCCAACCUCAAGAUCGACAGCACCCCCGUGAAGCAGGCUGGUGGUGGCUGUUGCUAGGAGGGGCUCAUGGGGUGGGACAGGAGGGGGCACCUUCUCCAGAUGAUGCCCCUGGAGGGGGCAGGAGGGGCCUCCCUCUCCGGGGCAUUUGAAUCUGUGGCUUUGGGGGUGUCCUGGGCUCCCCAUCUCCCUCUGGCCCGUCUACCUGCCACCCUGAGCCCCGGGCCCUCCAGGGAGGACACCCAGGACCUGUGGCUGGGGUGGGGGUGCGGGCUUGCUCUGCUGCUGCCUCUAGGGGACUUUAAAAGAUACCCCACCACACACCUUUGGGAUGAGGGCUCCUCUGUCUGUCUGUCUCCCCGCCCCCCACGUAUGCUGCAGUGGGUCUCUCUCCUGACUCUUCUUCCUUUUCCCCUGCACCCGCCCCGCUUCCCCAAGAGCUGAGGGCCUCCCUGGCCUCUACUGCCCCUGGCUGUAGUCAGCACCUGGGGCCAGGAUGGGACCAGGGGAUCCAAGGCCCUGGGAUCCAGGGCCCUGGGCUGGACCUCAGGACGGGCGUGGGGCCACAGGGGCCCAGCCACCGACUCUCCCCAGCCCCCCGCCCCUCCCCAGCCCCCCACCCCUCCCACACUCGGAGCUCCAGCCGUCCAGCUGCGGUGGGGUGUGAGCACAUCUAGGGCAGGUGGGCGGACAGCUGCGCUGGGCUUAUGUCUUGAGCCCAGAGGGAGCCUGCUCCUGCCGCCCCCUGCCCUGCCAGAGCCAGGCCCAUGUGCUGCCUGCCCACCGUGCCCCUUUGUCCCCAAGGCAGGCGGAGGCGGAAGGCCCACCGUGCCAGAGGCUGGGUACCAGCCUUAACCCUCUCUCUGCCAGCACCCCCUCCUUCCCCUGAGGCAGCACGUCCGGCUUAUUCUCCCCCCGUCCGUCCCUUGGAGCCCGUGAGGGCAGAUCCUCACCCCCUGUCGCUACUUCUCUGGGAAUGUGGGUGCCACCCAGGGUUUGGGGGGGGCCUCUCCACUUCUUCCCUCUCACCCAGGAUCCUAGCCCUCCGCCCUCUGACACAGCUUCUUCCUGCAGAAAGACAAACCUUUGGUCUCUACCUGAGAAGCCAUGUCCCUCGUGCUGUCUCUUGCCUGUCCCACGUGUGCCCUGCCCUCCAGCUUGUAUUUAAGUCCCUGGGCUGCCCCUUGGGGUGCCCCCCCCCCACUUCCAGGUUCCCUUCUGGUGUCAUGUCAGGCAUUUUGCAAGGAAAAGCCACUUGGGGAAAGACUUAAAGGACAAAAAAAUAAAUUUCCAUUGGCCCUCGGAUGAGCCGAGGGUUUUUGCAAGGAA